AUGUACUGGGAGACAGCCACGAGCUUUGUGAAUGCGCAGUGUGAGGGACUGGAGCCGUGGCAGCUCAUUGGGUUGACAUUUUCCUCUACUCUCCUAAGUGUGUGGCUGCAUGGAUUCCUCUUCCAGCCUGAGAGUUUGGUAUCUCGGACUAAAAAACAGUUCUUUAAGCUGCUGAGGAAAAUGCCUUUUGUUGGGACUAUAAUUCAAAAGAAGAUUGAUGAAGCCUUGAAUGAUGUCAUUUCCAGUUUGUCCUUCCUGAAAGAUGAAAAAGAUUAUAUCAAAGCACUGCCAGAACAAGGGCUGAGCCAGCCUGAAGUGCUGGAGAAGAUGAAAGAGUACAGCUCCAAAGGAGACGUGCGUUGGCAGGAUGGGAAGGUCUCUGGGACUGUGUACAGUGGUGAAGAGAAACUCACCCAACUGCUAGUGAAGGUGUAUGAAGAGUUUGCCUGGAGUAACCCCCUCCAUCCAGAUGUCUUCCCUGGUCUGAGGAAGAUGGAAGCAGAGGUGGUGAGGAUUGCCUGUACACUCUUCAACGGGGGCCCCAACUCCUGUGGUGCUAUGACAUCUGGGGGCACUGAGAGCAUCUUGAUGGCCUGCAAGGCAUACCGAGACCUGGCCUAUGAGAGGGGCAUCAAACAGCCUGAAAUGCUGGUCCCAGUGAGUGCUCAUGCAGCGUUUGACAAGGCAGCUCACUACUUCGGGCUCAAGCUGAUCCACAUCCCCCUGACCAAGGCCAUGGAAGUGGAUGUUCAGGCAAUGAGGAGAGCCAUCUCGAGGAACACAGCCAUGCUGGUCUGCUCCGCUCCCCAGUUCCCUCAUGGCAUCAUGGACCCCAUUGAAGAGGUGGCAGAGCUUGCAGUAAGGUACAAGAUCCCUUUGCACGUGGAUGCCUGCCUGGGGGGGUUUCUCAUCGCCUUCAUGGCCAAGGCAGGGUUCCCCCUGCGCCGACCCUUCGACUUCCGUGUGCGGGGUGUGACCAGUAUUUCUGCUGACACACACAAGUAUGGCUAUGCCCCCAAGGGCUCCUCCGUGGUGCUCUACAGUGACAAGAAGUAUAGGAAGUACCAGUUCUUCAUUGCCCCUGACUGGCAAGGAGGGAUCUAUGCCUCCCCCUCCGUGGCAGGCUCCAGGGCUGGGGGUAUCAUAGCUGCCUGCUGGGCCACUUUGCUGCACAUAGGAGAGUCUGGCUACGUGGAGGCCACCAGGAGGAUCAUCAAGACAGCUCGUUUCCUCGAGUCAGAGCUGAGGAAAAUUGACAGCAUCUUCAUCUUGGGGAAGCCAGAGGUGUCUGUGCUCUCCAUCGGCUCUGACACUUUUGACAUUUACCGACUCUCCAACUUCUUAGCUGCCAAGGGAUGGAACCUCAAUGUCCUGCAGUUUCCCCCAAGCAUCCACCUGUGCAUCACACAGCUGCACACAAAGCCUGGCGUGGCCCAGCAGUUCCUGACAGAUGUCAAGGACAGCAUCGAGGACAUCAUGAAGGACCUCAGUGCCAAGACUACUGGCAUGGGAGCUAUCUAUGGAAUGGCCCAGUCCGUCCCAGACAGGAGCCUGGUGGCAGAGAUCUCGCAGGCAUACCUGGAUGGCCUCUACAGCACAGAUGUUACUUGCAGUGAGAAGCACAUGAAUGGCUCUCCAGGCCACCACUGA